AUGGCAUCUGACCAGAACUGUCGCACCAAGAGCAAUGCCCUCAACACUGGCCUCACGAGUCAUGUCAUGGCAGAGCAAGUGCUGGGAUUUUUGGACCGUGACAGCAUCCUCAGUUGCCUGGCAGUAGAGGAUCUAUCCAAGCAUUUUGAUCUAAAGAGCUACUACUGUAGUAUACAUGGUUCUAAACUGGAAUCCCAGGUGGAUCGUCGAAGAGACCUGGAAGACAUGGAAGAAAGCGAUGAUCAUCAAGGUGACGAUGAGGAUCAAAAUAGCGGCGAUGAGGAUCAGAAUAGCGCCAAUGAAACUGAAACUGUUGCGGCUGAAGGCUAUGAUGAGAAAGCUGAAGUCAAGGCGAACAUUGGCAACGGGAUCGCAGAGAAAAUGGACAGCAAAAAUGCUAGUAGGACCAGUGUGGUCCACAUUGAGUGCGCAGACUGUGUUGAGGCUGAAUUUGAUCGCGAGCGCUGCAGUCGUUAUGUUGUGGCGGCCAAGAAAAUUUCCUGGAGUGCUUUGAUUGUGACAACUAUGAGUGCCUUGAGUGUUUCAACGAGAUUGGGUUCCAUUGUGAUGAAUGUGACACGUCAUUCUGUCGUGAUUGCCAAGAUCAUCGCUUAUGUGUGUCUUGUAAUGAUUAUUACUGCAAAUCUUGUGGGGAGUCAUGGUCCUGCACUACAUGCGGAGAUGGUUAUUGCAAAGAGUGUUUUGAACCGGUCAAGUGUGACGAAUGUGGCCAGCUGCAUGGUUGCAAUGAAUGCAGCUUUGACACCAGCUUUUGCUGCGCAGUUUGCUCCAAAAGGUAUUGCCACGAUUGCAAGGAAUAUUUUUGUUGUGACCUGUGUACGGUUGCUUUAUGCAACUCCUGUGAUAAGGGCACUUUUUGCUCUGCCUGUCAAGAUCAUCAUUGUUCUUGCCAUGAAGAAUACUUUCGCUGCGAAGCAUGUGGCAAGGGAUCUCAUGGAGAGAAGUUCCAGUGCGCAGAAUGCGAGAUAG